AUGAGUAUGCGCUCUGCCGCUGGAAAUGGCGGCUGCGAAGCUGAUGUUGGACGCAAUCCAUCCCAGCCUGCCGAGUCUCUCAACCGAUCAAAACAACUAUAUUCUUGGCAAUAUCAGGGAACACAACAUCGUUAUUGCCUGCCUACCAGGUGGCGCAUAUGGCACUGUAUCAGCUGCAACAGUGGCUAUACAGCUGCUCUCAAGUUUCUACUCUAUCAGGUUCGGUCUUAUGGUCGGUAUUGGUGGCGGUGUACCAAGCAGCAACGCAGACAUUCGACUAGGCGAUAUUGUGGUGAGCCAGCCAAGGGACACAUCUGGAGGCGUGAUCCAAUACGAUCUUGGGAAAGUGUUACACGACGGUCGAUUUCAGCGGACCGGGAUAUUGAAUCGGCCCCGAAGGUUUUACUAUCUGCUCUUGCCACACUACAAGCCCAUCAUCUUACAGAAGAUAGUCGGGUUGUUGAAUUUAUUCUAGACAUCAACAUCAAGACACCACGGCGAAAAGCCGCGAAUUUUACUUGUCCCAUCCAAAAGGACUGUUUAUACCAAGCGGAAUAUGAUCAUGGUGCAUAUGAUACAUGUGCAGGUUGUGACCAAUAA